UUUCCCCUUUUUAUUCCCCUCUCUCACCCCCAUCGUCCUCGCCAAAAUCCCCCCUUUUUCCCCCAAAUCCUACUCCCGAAUCCCCAAAUCCCCUCUCCCAACCCUCGAAUCGAAGCAAUUUCGGAGAUCCGCGGCGCAAUCGGAGGCGAUCCCGAGCUCCCCGAGCACGAAUUCCGAUUCCUUUCCUCGCUCGGUUAAUUUCUCGGUUUGGUGCAUUGUGCAAAUAUCCUCUGUUUGCUUUUUAUUCUUGGGAUAUGCAAGCAUGGAUGCGCUAGACGGAGAGACAUCUUGGUGAUGAUCUAUCGCUCGCCAGAUCUCAGAGAUGACAAUCAACUAUUAUCACAGAGUUUGAGCAGUCUUCACAACUAAUCUCUGGUGUCCAAAGAGCAGUAUUUUAACAUAUGGCAUACAGAAACAUUAUCUGCACUCAUCAAAUUUCUGGACUUGAACCUGAGGAAGGCCACACGCAAGGAAACCCUAUUGAUUUCCCGAACAGAAGCGCACCACUUUCCAUAUCAGCAAGCAAUGCUUCGAAUAUUGAAAUCCAACAUUACCGAAGUUAUCACAAUAGAACUAUGUAUCCUGGCAACCAGUAUAAUUAUAUUCCGAAUUGCCACCCAAUUCCAAAUCUAGAUGUGGGUUCUUCUCUGACUUCCAACUUCUACAACCCUCACAUUGGGCCCUCAUCUUCGAGCAGAGUUUUCGCUAUACCAUCUCCCAUUGAGCACCAAGCUAUUGUUGCUGCUAAUAUGGAUGGGUUUGGAAGAAACGGUAAUUUGGUGGAAAGUGCAAGAGAAUCUAGCAAGAGGAAAAUCAUGGAAUCUUUUCCAGGAAACUAUUGUGCUUUUAAUGGAUUUCCGAGCUCAAGUUCAUCCUCUUACGAAUCUGAUGUUCCUUCACCAAAUGCUGCAACUUUUACCCCAUUAGAAUAUCGAGGAGGUGAAAAUAUACAACCCCCUGAGGAAUAUUCUAGAACUGUGAGGGACCUUCCUAUUGUGCAUCAUAAUAACUACUUGUCUCCAGCAAAUUACGGGGGGCAGUCAUUCCAGCCUUCGACUAAUACAUGGGUGGCUCAGAAUGGGAACACUAUGUCUCAUGGAGGAAUGCAUUGGAAUUACGUUAAUGGAACCAGUGAUGUGCAUGGUAGCCUACAUCAUGGAUCAAUACCUUAUUUUCAUCAAAAUCAGCCACCUCUACAAAGUAUGCAACCUCAUGGUCUUGUCCAUCAUACUGAUAUGCCUGCCAAUUACCAGCACCCUUUCCAUAACUUGCUCAUCGGAGGUUUAAAUCCUUCGAAUAGUGGUCCUCAUUUAGGUCACAGAUUCCCACCUUUUCCAUCCAAUGCUGAACAUAUUUAUAGAAAUCCUUGGCAUCUAAUUCAGGGAAAUGCUGAAUUCAACCGUGGAAGUGUGAGGAUGGUGCCAUCAGAGCAUGCUGCUUUUGCGGAGUUCUCUGGAGUUGAUGAGCACAGAGACAUGCGAUUGGAUAUAGACAGCAUGACUUACGAGGAGCUUCUAGCUUUGGAAGAACAAAUAGGAGACGUCAAUACUGGCUUGACAGAGGAAUUCAUCUUGAAGAACUUAAGGACUAGUAAAUACAUUCCAUGGUUGAAACCAUCACUCUCGGAUAAAGAGUCCAAAUCUGAUCGAGAGAAUGAAGCUUGUGUUAUAUGCCAGGUGGAGUACAAGGAGAGAGAAACCAUAGCAACCCUCAACUGCGGCCACAAGUACCACCGCACCUGCAUCAAACAAUGGCUGCUGUUAAAGAACCUGUGCCCGAUUUGCAAAGUAUCGGCUUUAUCGAUAGAUAGCAGGGAGGGUCGAGGGUGUUUAGAGUAAUUAUUAUCAUUUCUCCGUUGCGAUGGCGAGCAAUUCCGUUCGAUUUUUGUAAAUAGCGAUGAUAGAUUAUGCUGUUCCCUUCCUAUUACAGCCCUGUAACUCUUCUACCCCUUCGUUGUGAAAAAUUUAAACCUGCUUUCCAUGAAACUGUAUAGAUACAAGUUGAAACAUUUUGUUGAAAAUGUAGAAUAA